ACUCUGCGCCAUAUUCCACCUCGGGAGGAGAACUCUUCAAGAACCGUAGUUCUUUGAAAAAAGUAAAAAUGGCAAAAUUGGUUGGGUCUCUUACCGGCCUUGUGCAAAACACGCUCAAGUCAGCUGCGCCACAGCUCAAAAUCAUUCAGCGAUAUGCUAUGGUCGAAUUGACACCUCCGUCUCCAAAGGACAUCCCUGCUAUUCGCUCUGGAAUUUCCAAACUGAUGCACAGUGCCAAGACCGGAUCAUACAAGAACCUUACAGUUAAAGAAGCCUGGUUAAAUACCUUGGUUGCCGUUGAAGUUUACUGCUGGUUCUUCAUAGGUGAAUGCAUUGGCAAGCGACACAUUGUUGGUUAUGAUGUUUAAAUUCAUUUUGAAUUCCAAUAGAUACUUAUGUGUAAAAUAUAGAUAAACUUACGAUGCUCUGAAGCAAAUAAAAAUUUCAAAUACUAUACUAUGAAAUUUAAUGAAAUUAAAUCUACAUUAAUUUAAAGAAAUUUAAUUAAAGAAAUAUAUAAUAAAAUCAACAUUUCUUUUUAUUAUGAAAACUAU